AAUGCUCAAUUGAUUAUGUGAUUCCCACUGAACAUAGAAUUAAAGGCAAGCCUUCGCAGAAGUCUUCCCUUCAAAAACUUGACUAUGUUCGGGAGAUGUUAGAUGAUGUUCAUCAAGAAAUGCUGAUGGAAUCUUGUUUUGGACAACUAUAUCGAAUGAAGCGCAUACCUUUUUCAGCACAGCUAAUCCACCAACUUGUAUUGAGAAUGAUUGUAACAAAAAAAAAACAGAAUGAGAUCUGGUUUUCAAUUGGAGGUAAGCCAACACGAUUUUCAUUAUACGAGUUCUCAUUGAUAACGGGGUUGAGAGCUAGUGAGGAGCCUUCGUUGGAGCCCCAUAAUGUGACUAAUAAUAGAUUGGUGAAGAAACACUUUAAAAAGUAUAAGAAAGGCAUAACGGUGCAUAAUUUGAAGGAAGCUAUUGAAAGUCGCAAAGUGCGCAUGGAAGACAAGUACAAGAUUAGGCUUGUAUAUAUUUUGGAAACGGUACUACUGCCCAAAGAAAGCUACACAUACAUAAAUGUAGAACACUUGUCAAUGGUUGAUGACCUACAUGCUUUUAAUAGUUAUCCUUGGGGGAGAAAGGCGUUUGCCCGCACAAUUGAUGUAUUCACGAGAGACUGGAAAUCAUUGGUGAAGUCAUACUUGAUAAAUAAUGAGAAAUAUCUAUAUUCAAUUUAUGGAUUUCCACUCGUCUUGUAGGUAAUGCUUUUAAAAUUAUAAUUUAUUAUUCAUUUUGUUUAGAUUGUAUUAUUUUGCAUCUUAUGCAGAUUUGGGCUUAUGAAGCCAUACCAUCUAUUGGACGGAGAUAUGGUGAGAAUCUACAUGAGACUGACCUCCCCAGAAUAUGUCGAUGGAAUUCUUCUGAAAUGCCUAACUACAAGGAUAUUGGUACAAAUAUGGACAAACCAAAUAUUGUUGUUCAUUGCACACUGAAACAUACGCCGGAAGAGGCUUCCAAAGCAUAUUGGACAGAGAUUCAUCGAUUCGAGGAUAAAGUAGAGGAUCCAAUAAUUGAUAUCUUUGUGGAUAAGGAGAAUGUAACAGAUUCGUCCAUUCGUGUUGAUCUUCCUCAGCAAACUUGCCACUCUCCUAAUGCCUCUACAUCUCCUCGGGAUCCAUCUUCUUUUCAUAGGCCACCUACUUCUACAGAUGCUCGUACAUUUCAUCCGGGACCAUCUACACCAUAUCCAUCUCUGUAUCCAUCUAGAGAUAAGUUCGCUCAGGAAUUGAGAAUGCAAUUACUACAGAUGGUAGAGAUUUUAGAGAGGAAAAAUGAAGGGCGGAUGAUGAGAUGAUCUUACAUAGACCAAAUGUUUGAUUGUGUUACAUCCUUUUGUAGACAAAUUGAUGAGAAGAUAUCAUCUGUUGUGGAGUGGAUGAAGAAUUCUAACCCGUCAACAACACCUUACACAUAUCACUCUCCUCUUCGUAGUGGAUUUAUGAAUACUGGAGAAGCAUGUGAUGUAAAUGAGAAUCCACUUAUACAUGUAGAAGUUCAAAAUGAUGAGAAUCAAGAUGGCAAUGAGGAGAGAGAAGUGGAAGAUUAUGUGUUGGCAAAUGAACCAAUUAUUGUAAAAGAAGCAACGUUGCCCGCAGAUGGCAAUGAACAAAAACAAACAGAUGAUAUGAAUAACUGUUCAAAUCCCAUUGAAGUCGAAAAUGAGCAAAGGCAAUCAACAGAUUUGUCGAAUGAUGAUGAAACUCGUGUGGAAGAGAGAGAUACUUGUGUACCGAUGGAUUCUAUAGCACAUGGUGAUGUAAUGGAGUCCAUCCCUAUAGUGGUGGAAGAUGAGUCUGAUAAGUCAAGUCAGAUUGGGUGUGGGAUGAGAAUCAAGAAAAGGUCACUUGUUCUUGAAUCUCCGUUCACAAAUUCAGAGAAGAGGAGGAAGCUUCACAAUGUAAACACAUUUGACCCAUUUCGAGAGCUAGAUCCGGCUAAGGCAGAUGACUUACAGAAUUGGUUGGUUAAUACACCUAACAGUGAACAUGUGGACAUGAUGAUGUUCAUGAAGUCAAAAAGUUUCUUUCUUGAAAUUCAGAAGCAAUUUGGAUGGCUCGACAGUGAUCACAUUGGCAUAGCGUUGUUGUUGAUGAGGGCACGAAUACAUACAUAUCCUAUUGUGUUCCCACAAGAUUGUGCAAUUUUGGAUUGUGCUUUUACUACCAUGUGCACCAAGAGGUUUGAAGAUUUUGAGCUGCAUAAGAAAGAAAAAAUCCAGUAGAAGACUUUAAAUGGAUGAAAAAUAUGACAAGAUAUAUAUAUGGUAAAAAUCCAGAAUGGAGCAAGCGAUGAGAUUCUUGUACAUCGUUGUAUAUUCCCUGUAAUGUGAAAAUGAAGCACUGGAUUGCACUUAAAAUGGACUUUGCCGAACGAACUAUAUAUGUAUAUGACAGCAUGAAGAGUUUGACUUAUUUUGAAAAAUUGCAAAAAAUCAUGCGUCCAAUUGUGAAGGUGAUUCCUAGAAUGAUGAAGGAAAGUUUGUUAUUCGGGGAAAACUACCCACACGAGCAGUUUCUAUGGCGUCGACAUACAGACGUUCCACAACAAAACAAUGCGGGAGAUUGUGGGAUAUACGUUAUCAAGUUCAUAGAGCUUUUAUUGGUGGGAUUAGCCGUGAAACUUAUGUCCGAUAUAUGAUUGACAGUUGGAGGAAGAAACUAGCCGCUGAAGUUUUUGCUAUGCAUUUCGAUCCAUAAAUGUUUUUUUUUUGGUAUAUUUUGCACGUUUAUGUGGUUAGAAGAUUGAGAACUCUUAUGCUAUUUUUGUCUACAUGGUAGUUUUGAAAUGAUGUAGUUAGAAAACAUGUGCACGGAUGCUGAUUUUUGUCUAGUCAGUUUUGGA